AUGAGGGAAAGGGUGAAUUUUUCGUCAAUUUCGGUUUUCCGGGUCAAAAGUGAGUGUAAAUCUUGAAAAAACUGGUUUUUGGUGAAAAAAGAAGGGUUUUAUUCAAAAAAAACGGGCUUUUGAGCCUUUUUUUCAUUGGCUUUUUUCGAAAAUGAAGGGUUUUUGGAUAUUUUGAUAUAAGAACAGAGGAAAAAUUUGUAGAAAAUUGGGAUUUUUGGUUCGAAAAAACAGAAUUUCAUUCGAAAUAGUGAGCAAUUUUUAAUUUUUUACCGGUUUCCCUUCAGUUUUUUUUUUAUUUUUGAAAAAUGACAAGUUUUAUCACCUUUUCUAGCCUUUUCAUUUGAUCAAUAAAUUUUCGAAGACGGAAUAACGAUUUUUUUUCAGCUCAAGGAGAAAAUGAAGCUGGCCGCCCUGGAGAAAGAACUGUCCAAAGAGUCUUUCUCGAAAAAAGCCUCUAAAAAGAACGGACACAAGGCGAAGAAACGCCGGAGCCGCGACUCGACGUCUUCUGAUUCCGACGACUCUUCCUCGACGUCAUCUGACACUUAUUCCGAUUCUUCCAGCGAGGAGGAACGUCAGAAACGCAAGAAGCGCAGUCACAAGGUUGGUGUGGAAGAUUUGAGGGGAAAGUGUGCUCGAUUGAUAAUGUUAAAACAAAAAAGGGAGAUAGUUCGAUCGGAAAAAUUGGUAAAAGACUAAUUUUAAGGGAGAAUUUAAGCUCCAACGAUAAUUUAGAAGGAAAAAUAGUUAAUUUGAGAAUCACCGAAGAAAAAUAUAGAGUGAAAACGGUCUAGGAGGUUGUUUUUGUCAAUAUCUCCAGUUGAAUAUCUUUGGGGGCUUUUUAAAUCUGGAAAUUGUGCUCUAAUGAUAAUCAGACGUCGGAAAGACGUUUUAUCGGACCCAUAGGACGUCUGAGAUUUUGUAGGGAAGACUUGAAAGUGCUGCUUAAGGGGUCCCUAGAAACGCUCAGGACUGUCCGGUUUUUUUUUAUAAAAAGAGCAGGAGAAUUAUAUCAAUUCAUAAAAACGUGCUUUUCUCAAACCAGUGAAACGUAAUCGAAACGAGAAAAAAGUAUUUCUUCGAUUCCAUCAAGAGAUUUCCAGAAGAAAAAGAAAAGCUCAUCGACGCCCCGAAGAAGUCCCUCAAGGAGAAAUCAUAAAAAAUCGGCCCGGGACCGUAAAAAACGACGUCGAAGCUCUUCUUAACUUAAUUUUUAUCAAUUUUUGAUCUCUUUUUAGUUAUUUUGCGUUUAAACUUCACUUUAUGCAUUCCUACUGGUGUUGCCUUCGUGUUGAAGCAUCGUUUUUAAAUUUCUUCUUUUUUCAAUUAACUCAUCAUGAUUUUACGGUGUAAUAUGUGUGUAAAUACGCGUCUUUUUUUGUUGAUUUUUAAUUUAAUAAAUGUAAUUUUUUAACAUUUUUUGUCGUCUUUUUUUGUUUUUGUUCCCUUUUCAAUGUAUUAUACUUUGAAGAAUUCGUAAAAUCCCUCGCUUUUUAUCAUUUUUUGAGAGGAAAUGCUCAACUUGGCCCGACGGAUACGUGAAGCCGAUGAACGGGCCGUCCUUCUGGCCGUUUUGAAAGAAGUUUCUUUCGAAAUUUCAGGAGAAGACGUGGAAAUUAUCAACGCGAUCGUGGACUCCUUGCCGCGGUUCGCCAAGUUUUUGACCAAAAAUGAGGUUUUGGAAGUUUCGAAAUGAAAAAAAAUAUGAUGAAAAAUUUUUUCCACGAAAAAACGGAAUUUCUCGGGUCCUGAAGCGAAAAUUUACUUUAUUACUGUAGGAAAGUUUUUCUACACCUUUCUGUAUUCGAAAAGUAAAAUUAAAGGGAUUUUGAAGGUAUCAAGUCGAAUAAAACCUGGAACAGUUAGGUUCUCCAUGGAGCGUUCUUGACUAAGAAGGCGGUGGCUAUUUUUUCACUUUUCUUUUCUUUGCCGCGGUUCGCCAAGUUUUUGACCAAAAAUGAAGUUUUUAAAGACUGAAUAUGAAAAUGAAAAAUGCGCUGGAUAAAGCAUUUUUUCACACGAAAGAAAACAGAAUUUUUUGGGUCCUGCAGCGAAAAUUUACCUAAUUACUGUAGGGAUGUUUUUCCACACCUUUCUGUCUUCAAAAAGUUGAAAUAAAGGGGUUUAAAAGGUAUCAACUCGAAUAAAGCCACGAAUAGUUAGAUUCUCCAUCGAGCGCACUUGAAUAAAAAAAUGCGGAGGCUAUUUUUUUCACUUUUUUUCAAAAUUUCAUACUUGAACAAUUUUUUUGAAUCUAUGGUUUCGUCUGGAAAAAAAAAUCAAGGAAUCUCGUAGAAUUUUUUCAUUUUUUCAUUUUUGAAGCUUUAAGUUCAAAAUUUUCAAAAAUAACCCUAGUUCAGUUGAACUCCCGCUUGGAAAACGUGACCCUUUCAUUCGACCCUCGACGCAGCAUUUUUGCUCUAUCGAGAAAGCUCGACGCAAAACUUCCCGAGGCUUUUAUUGUCGUCCGCUGGUUUCGGAGGAUAUUGGAAGAAAAGUUGAGAAGCUGUCUUGAGGCUUCCGUUUCGUUGGAUCCGAAUGAUGGUAGGUUUGGGGGGGUUGAAGUAGGAAGGCGAAAAUGUUUUUUUAAAAAAAAAACCUGUUUCAAGUUUAUAGUUGUAACAAGCUCAAGCUCCGCCCCUAACCAAUCAAGGAGCGAGAGCCUUUUCCAAUGACGUCAUUGCACUUGACAAAAUCUGAACAGACUUGUCCCUAUAGGUGCGCCUUCAAAGGUUCCGAAUUCACUUCAAAUUCCCCUUAAGGGGCCACUAAAGCUUGCAAAAGUGAUCCCUAUAGGGACAUGCUAGUCCUUCAUUGUUAAGAACCGCUUUAACGCGAAAAACUCGAUGAAUUGGCGUUCACAAAGACCAGAAAAUUAGGAGACCCCUAAAGGGACCACUUUUUUGACACCUAUAAGGGCUUAUUCUUCCCUAACACCUCUAGGAGGCUUUGGAUUAUUCAUUUGGGAACUGAAAUCGAUUUUUCCCUUUUUCCAGACUUCCAACAGCAGUCCUACUCGGAAAUGGCAAUUUCUCUGUCUUCUCUCCCCGAUCGAAUCGCGAAUUGUCGUUUGACAGCGACGUCUUCAGAAGACGCCGAUGACGUCAACGACUGCAUCAGAUCCUUCGAAGACGUCGUCGUGACGUCACUCAAAUCGACUCUCUCAAAAGCCCAUGAAGACUUGGGACGUGCCGACGUUGUUAAUCUGCGAACAAUUGCCCAAAUUAUCAUGGUGUCGAGAAAUUUGAGACUUUCUGGGGUUAGAAAUUCACCGAAUCCUUUGAAAAUACCAUUUUUCAAGAACUCCACACUGCUCUCAACGAUUUUCCACUGGUUGUGCUCUCAAACCCCCUCGGAUCCGAAAUGGGAUCGGGUCUCGCAGCGAAUCUUCACCGACGAGGGUUACGGUAUCCGGGAAUUCGAAGCGAUGGUCGUUGGCCUGGUGUUGGAGGCCGAGAAUUCGGAUCAGUUGAUGGUUUGUUAUAGCUGGUUCACGGCUAGCUUGAGACUCUGAGGGGCGUGUCCUGUCUGCGCUCUCCACGACCCAGGCGCUGUCUCGUAUUUUAUCGUGUCAGGACCAUUUUUUCGAUGGUUCAAGUCAGCCGUGAAUCAGCGAUAGCUAGAAAAUUGAGGAAACUUUCAAAAAUGGCUUUUUUUUUUGACUAUUUUUGGGCGAAAUCUAGUUUUUUAGGAGCUUUUUUAGUAUUUAGAAGUUGAAAAAAAUUUAUUGAAAGCUGUAAUUUUUUUGUGUUUGAUGACUUGAAAUUUUGGCCUUAAAAAAAUGGUCGUGGUGCGUUUUUGGGGCGAGAUUUAACUCCCCCUUCGUCAGAUUUUGAAUAUUGAGUCGUCGCUCAAGCUCCGCCCCUAACAGAGCGAUGAACCAAUCAGAAAGCCGGCCCACAGAGCAUUUUCCAAUGACGUCAUUGGACUUGACGUUCAGAAUCUGGACAGACUUGCAAGAAGGCGAAAAGAAAAAGAUAUACUUUCCAGAGAGUCUUCGGCUACUCCAUCCAAAAAUCACCGACCUUGCAACGGAUUUGCACGAAGAAGCUGCUUUUCCAAAGGAAUCUUCCGGUUCCGGCCCUCAUCGCCCUCAUGGAUUUUAUCCGAAGAGCUGCCGGGAAAGAUGUCCUUCUCAGUGUUCUGGAUGUUCGUUUCGUUCAGAGUUAUUGAACCUAUAGUCUAUACAAAUGACAAGCAGCUAACUCCGCCCCCCGGAUUACAGUACGCUUUCGUGUCGAUUAAUUGCUCGCGAUGAUGAUAUUUCGAUAGCGUUUCUUUAAUUUGUUCCAUUCUGAUCUAACAGCUUCAAAAAAGAAAAGAACCCUUUCCAAAUCCAAAAAUGCUCCAAAAACAUUAAAAAUCAAAAAACACUGACGUAAUAAAUUUAAACGUCAAAAAACCGUGGAAGGGUUUCAUUUCAACCGACCCGAAACGGUUUCCGACGGUCCACGUCAUUUUUUGUAAUGAAUCCUCGACCACCUACGUUUCAAACUCUAGACAAGAAGACUGACUUGCUUUGUUAAGUGUUGCUUUUGUGUUUUUUGGUAGAUCCUUCUAAUUUCAAUUGAAAACCUUCUGGAAAACCAUGAAUAUUUCAAAAGCCUUUCUAAUUUGUUGUUUUUAGCCCUAUAGGGAACUCUAUUAGAAAAUGCCUUUAUUCUCAAAAAUCGCGAGGACACUAAAGUGGCCACUAAACCCGCCUUUAUAGUGGCCACUAUUUUCCGUUUUAGUGGCCACUAUAGAGGUUCUCUACUUAGUGGCCACUUCAGUAGUUACUGCAAAACGCCUUUUUGGCGGGAACUCAAGCUUUCCUUUCUCCGACUUUAAAUUAUUUUUUCUCCAAAACUAGCAAGUUUGGUACGUUUUCAAGUUCACUGUUCAAUUCGCAAUGAAAAUCAUUACAAAGUACCGCUUCGAACUAAAACACCGUUUUUUACUGCCCCUAUGCCUUUAAGAAAACCAUCAGAAUCCUCUAUAUUCGAUUAUUUUUUCCCUUUUUCUCGGAAACUAGAAGUUACUGGUUCCAGGAUCUCCAUCUGGUACACCAAGAACCGACCUGGCCAAUUUUUGAAAAAAAUCCCAACCAGAAAGUAAAAUGACCUUCCUUAUUAGAAACGUUAGAAGUUGAUUCAGAGGUCUUCGAUAUUUUCCCACACCAAGGAUUUCUUAUAUCUUUUUUGAAAGCCAUGGUUUCAGGACAAUAAUCUUUGGAAAUUCUCUUCUUUCUCAGAUUUCUAGGAUUUUUUCAAGCAGAGUUGAGAACUUCAUGAGAAAGUAGAUGGUGGACUGAUAAGAGGAAGUGGAAUUGAAAACCCGGAAUGGUUGAAGAAUUUGAUUGAUUUUAAUGAAAAAGUUUCUCUCAUAGGAAAAUCAGGUUCUCAAAAGGAUCAUUUUAGUGGGAAAUUUUGAUUUUGAAGGUUUUUCCACAACGUUCUUUGAUAGAAAAAAUCAAUUGUUCAAAAAAGACAGAAACGAAAAAGCCACUGGAAUGGUUCCUUUCCACCGAAUUUUUCGACAAAAACUUAAAGCUAUAACUACAAAAAAGUAUAUGAUGAAGAGUCCUUCAAGUCGCAAAAUCACAUUUUUUGAGUUUUGAUACUUGAAAAUUGCAAAAUAGUGGUUUCAGACGUGAUUUCGUAACUCAAAUUCAGAAAAAUCAUAUCUCCAGAAAAUUUUUCGAAAUCAGCGACUAUAAAGGAUUUGAUCUUAGUUUUUCGAAAAUUUUUCACGAAAUUGCAACUAAAACUUCACACUGAUGUGAACUCCCUAUUUUCUGACUUUGGACCUCAAAUUCAGUUCAUUUUUCUUUUUGAUGCGCUUUCCUAGGUUGAAAUAAAGAUUUUAGUGAUUUCUUUGCCCAAAAAAAUCGUUAAAGCUCAUCCGCUCUACUGGGAAAAUUUUAAGGGGCCCUUUUAGGGUUCUGACGUUUUAGUGGUCACUAUGGUAGUCGAAUUAGUGGCCUCUUGAGUGAAUGAAAUUCAGCGACUCUUUAGGAGUCUAUGUGGUACCCCUAGACCACUAAAACCACUAUAGUGACCACUAAAACCCAAAAUAGUGACUUCUAUAGAAGUGGGUUUAGUGGCCACUUUAGUUAGGGACCGCAAAGCCACGCCCCUUUUCGCGAUAGAAAAAGUGGCUUUUUUUUGGUUUUCAACUUUAAUUUUGCUGUAGUUGCAAAAUGUGUGGAACUGGAUAAUAAAUUUUGACACACAUGUACAGAAAAGCUUCCUCUUUCGUUUAAAAAAUAUUUCACGCUUUUUUGAUGCGUUCGCGCGGAAUGUCGUACAAAAAAACGUGAAUGGAACUCAAAAAAAUUUUUGUCAUUUUUUUGCUUUUUUUCAUGUGUUUUUAGGUCGAACGCACUCUUUCUUUUUUUAAAUAAUGAUUUUGAUUCAAGUAACGGUAAUUUUAAAACAAUAAAAUAAAAAAUUCGUCUUUGCCAAAAAUUUACGGGGCCGUUUUAAUGCAGCGAUCGUUAAACGAGGCAAAAAGCACUAAAAAAAAAAGUUAUUUCAAAGUGAAUUUCCACGGAAAGUUUGAGUAAAGAUUUGCGAUCAUAUUCUGAUAAAAAAAUAGCUUAAUUACUUCAAGUUUUUGAUAUAGGCAAUCUGUGCUAUUCAAACGGCUCAAGGAUAUGGCGGAUGGAAGCUCCCCUCGCUAGACCUAACAGCUUGGCGCAGCGCGUGCGCUGCGAAUUUUCUUUUUGAGGUCGCGAGUUCGAUACCCGCAAGCGCCAGUUUUUUGUUUUCUGGAAAAUACCGACUUUUUCGGCAAACUAGCAAAUUUUUAUCAUUUUAGCACUCUAUUAUGAUUUGUCACAUCAUAAUAGACCAGUAUCAAAACUUGUUCUGGAAGAAAAAUCGAGAAAAAUGUCAAAAAUGGAUAAUACCAAAAUUUCAGUACUAAAAAAGUGGUGCGCGGCGCGCCACAUUUUUCGUCAUAACUUUUUUCAUCCUUAAUCUUUUUCGAAAAACUAAACGGUUCUGAGUUUUCAAUCGAAACAGCUAUCAAACCAUACAAAGCUCAAUGCUGAAAAAAUUUUUUUGAAAAUUCGUCUGCGGUCCCUAACUUUAGUGAGUCUUGAAGAAAAGUCUCAAAAUAAUCUUAUUUUCGUAGCUUUCUUCUAAUUUCUUCUAUACAUAUUAUCCUGAACUAAUCUUUAGUCUUUUUUUAUAAUAAUAUAAAAACAUUUAUCUAAUUUUUAUAGUUGUACAAGUUUCCCACGUAGGCAGGAGAUUAUGACGAUAAACAAAGAAAUAAAGAGAAUAAUAGAGCCUAGGUACGGAUCGAAAGUUUGGAGUACCAUUUUGAAUGAAAGAAAACGGAUUUUGGGAGCAAAGAUGAGAAUAAGAAGAAAUUUUAGCGGUUUCGAGGGUCUGAAAUGAAAUAUUUUCCAGGGGGAAAUUUUAAAACUACUUAGGAACGUCAGAGUGGUCACUAGAGGGGUUACGGAGACCUUCCUUAUAGUGGAAAAAAAGCUAAAGUUUAGGUGAUCCCAGAAGGAUUUUAAAAUAUAUUAUUUGAGAAUAAGUGGUCCCUAUAGCGGCCUCAAAAGCUUUUUUCAUCUAAAUCCAUCUUAGUCCACUAGAAUGAUCCCUCACACCGACCAUUAACUGUCAAGCAUACGCUUCAUUCUGAGGAUAAUUAAGAAAUGAUUUUCCUCGACUUGUUCUUACGAGAGUCGGGGGAAAAACAAAGCCAUUUAUCUGCUAUAUUCAAAAAUAUUUUCCUAAUGAAGUUUAAAAAUGUAAAAUACCAUCAAGACCCUGACACCCCAGAGUGGCCCCUUUUGCAAGCUUUAGAGACUCCUUAAAAGUGUGGUGGUCCCUAGAGGGGAACCUGCAAGAGCCUUUAAGGUUACCCCUUUAGUGACCACUCUGGCGCUCCUAAGUACUCAUAGAAGUUGGACUGGGAAAGUUGUUAGUGGCCACUAUAGAGGCUCGCCAAGGACUACUUGGAGAGGACACUAAAGGGGCCACUAUUUUCCGUUUUAGUGGCCACUUCAGUAGUUUUUCAUCCAGUAUUCCUUCCGGUAACUCUGAUAAUUUUAAAACAAACAGAUUGGACCAGUUUAAUUGAUCCAUUGACCCCUAAAGUAACCACUAAAAGUGGUCUAGUAGCCCUUAGACCUCUAUAGUGGCCUCCAUUUUUUAACACCUUAAGCAGCCACUAAUUUGACUACUGUAGUUGCCACUAAAACGUCAAAACCCUAUGACGAUGAUCCUUUAAUAGCGCUACAUUUAUUGACUUUCCUAUUAAAGGAACAUCGUGCAUCGAAAUGACGAGAAAAGGUAAUGUAGUCAUCUGCUUGACGUUCAAAAUAUUAAGUCAUUAAAGUAGAAAAAUCGAAAGGUAAUGUUGCAUUUUUUCCAGACGACUAUUUCAAUCUGGAGCGGGGCGGCCUUUGUCAAAUACACGCCUUCAGAACAACAGAAACACAUUUCCCGAGUAUUCCUGCUGGUUAUUCGAAUGAUCUCGUUUGAUUUCAACUCCGAAUCCUCAAAAAAUUCCUGUUUUUUGUAGGGAAUCCAAGUUUGAAAUCGAUUGGAGCCUGAAAAUGGUCCAAGUGAUCAGCGGCGUUCAGACGCGGAUGGAAAGCGCCGGUGAGAAUUUUCAAAAAAAAAGAAAGGAAGUUUUACUGGGAAAUUGGUUUUUACUAAGAAAAAUUGAAUAAUCAUGUUUUUUUCGGGACUUUAACAAAAAUUCAGGAAAAUCGGACAGAUUAUUCAAAAACAGCGAGUUUCAUUAAUAUGAGAAUAUUUUUCGACCAUAUAUAUAUAAAUUCGUCAAUUUUUCGAGAAUUUUCACUAGGAAAAAAAUAGUUAUUUCGGUCCCUAUAGGGGGAACCUUAGGAUCCCUUGAAGGGACCACUUUACCAACCCCUAUAGGGACCACUUAAGCUUGCAAAAGUGGUCCCUAUAGGGGACAGGAUAAUCGAUGAUUUUUCCAUGAGAAAAAUUUAAUAAAUAAGCGUUUUUGAGGGAAAUUGAGAAACCCCUAUAGGGUCCACUUGAGCUUUGGGGGCAAGGGGUCAGACCAUGAACCUCUAAAGGGGUGGCUAGAGAUCCCCAUAGGGAUCAAUUCCAUUUUAACUCUACAUAAUUAUGCGUCGCAGUGUAUAGGGACCACGUUUUCAGCCCCUGUAAGUUUUAUCUUCUUCCCUAACCCCUAUAGGGACCACUCUGAGAUUACUGAGUCAGGACCCGUUUUUCAAUGCCUCUCAAGACAGCCGUGAAUCAACUAUACGUUUAUUCCCAAUUAUCAAAAUGAUCCAUUUUAUUUCCAGACACGAUGAUCCGACAAUCCGGCAUGUUCAUCGGCGAAAAACUGUCCGGAUUGGCCGAGAAGAACUUGGAAGCCAAGAAUGACGACAAAAAGAGAUUGAAGUUCGAUUAUGAGGAAGACGGAUGGACCAAGGAAAUGCGAAGGUUUUUAGAAAAAUUGGGGAGAAAAUAUUUUUCUAUAAGAGAGAUUCGUCAUUGGAAAUAUGCGUUAUAUCCAUUGAUAUAAGGAAAAAUUGAUUUGUAAAAUUAAAAAAGUCCGUUUUCCGGAAUUUCAGACCAAACUCGAAAAUUGGGCUUAGUUUAAACUUUUUUCGGGUUUUCCUAACUUUUCAAAACUUCUAGACAGAAAUCUAAAGAUCUUCCUCUGAGCGAUUCUAGGCAUCCCUUAAGAGUUCUGAGGCUACUAAAGGGAUCACUAGAAACGAUCCGACACGUCCGACUUUCCGGGAACAUUUCUAGUGGCCACUAUAGAGGAUCGCCAAUGACUACUUGAAGAGGACACUAAAGUGGCCACUAAACCCACCUCUACAGUGACCACUUCAGUAGUUUUUCAUCCAGUAUUCCUUCCAUCAACUCUGAUAAUUUCAAAACAAACAGAUUGGAUCAGUUAUGAGGAUCCAUUGACCCCUAAAGGGACCACUUAACUUUUAAGGGGUCUAUUAGUAGCACUUAGACCCCUGAAGUGGUCACUUAUUUUUAAGCCCUUAAGUGGUCACUAAUUUGACUACUAUAGUGGCCACUAAACGUCAAAACCCUAUAGAGGUCGCUAAAAAUUUUUGCAGUUCUUUUUUCUUUUUCAAGUACUUUGAUGAAAAUUUAGCUAUUUUUGUAAAUCUAUUCUUGGUCAGCGAAUCACCAGAAUAAAAGGAUUAUUCAAGUCCUCAUCCGGGUUACUGUACAUUUUUAAACUUUUCAGGUUAUAUGAAGAAAAUCUUCAAGAGUCUAAAGAAGCUGAAAAAAUGGAAGAAGUUAGUUAAAAUAAAUAUUUUCCCUAAAUUUUUUCCGGAAUCCCAGGAACCACAACCGAGCACAUCAUAUUCUACACUGCCGGAAAAGUUGAAAGAUGUAAAAAUCGAUCAAAGUCGCCAAUUGGACAGCGAUGACGACGAAGAUUUCCCGGUUUAUGAGGUUCCGGAAGAAGAAAGGCGAUUUGUGAAGGUGAAUAUGAGUUUUUUUAGAAAUAUUUUUCUCUUGAAAAAAAUAUUUUUUUCAAUGAGAAUUGACCCUGAAAUUGGAGAAAAGAGAUAGGAAAAAAAUCUAAAAUUUUUCAAACGAAACAUUGAAAAUUGUGAAAAAAAUCAGUCAAAAAAAAUUACAAUUUUGAAGUUGUAAGCCUUUAUUCUUAGAAUUAGGAAUUUCCCAAAAGUUGAUUUUAACCUUUUUGAAAGAAAAAUCGGAACAAAAGCUCGAAAAAAAGGAAAUUUUAAAACCUCAAUCUUCAAUUUAAGCUCUGAAAAUCUAGAAAUCAUUUUUUUUUUUUUUGGUUGAUCCGAAAUCUAUAUUUAGUUCUCGCAGGUGAGCUUGAAAAUGAUGAAAAAUCACCAAAACUUGAUCGUUUUCUAUAUUUUAAUGAAAAAAAGCCUGGAAAAAAACCAUUAUUCGAAGUUAUUUAUCCACCCAGUAAAUCCACAAAGAUCGGCUCCCAGUACUGCGCCCCAGUCGCAAUAAACCGCGCCCCAAUUGCAAUAUGCCACGCCCACUGGCAAAAAAAUAAUCUUGUUUAGGAAAAAAAUGCGCUCUAGAUAAUGAAAUUUAACAUAGAAUUGGACUUUUUAGAUUUUUAAUUCAAUUAAAGCUAUUAAACUCCGGAAUUUUUUUCUUUUUUUGCGAGCUGGUUUUUAAAAAGAAGCUUUUUUUCCAGGGAACUGAUGGAAAAGAGCCGGAAAGACGAGGACCGCCGCCGAAUUAUAUCAGCGACGCUUUCGAAAGGCUUCUCGAGAAGGAAAAGUAUGAGGUACCGAGAAGAAAAAGACCAAGAAACUUAUUUUUACGAUGCCUUUUCAGAUCUUCGAGGCCUCCUUGAAUGCUCUGGAAUCGAUGAUCAAGAGAAAAGCCUUGGGAUUCUCGAAUAUAGCCCGACAAUUGGCAACGAGACUCAUUUUCCUCGAUGAUUCUUUUGGAACCCCAAAUUUUGAGGUGAAAAUCAAAAAUUUGUUUCUGCCUCUCUUUGAAGCAUUUCUAAGGAAAAUUCCCAAAAAAAGCUGUAUUUACGGUAGCUUUUUCUUUGCUGUGCUUCAAAUUAAUUGCGCGAAAGAAUUGUGAAUAAAAGUUGACGUGAAAAUGAUCCGAAAUGAGCGGAAAAUUGGUGCGAAAUAGGACAAUGUUGGCUACGAGACUCAUUUUCCUCGAUGAUUCUUUUGGAACCCCAAAUUUUGAGGUGAAAAUCAAAAAUUUGUUUCUGCCUCUCUUUGAAGCAUUUCUAAGGAAAAUUCCCAAAAAAAGCUGUAUUUACGGUAGCUUUUUCUUUGCUGUGCUUCAAAUUAAUUGCGCGAAAGAAUUGUGAAUAAAAGUUGACGUGAAAAUGAUCCGAAAUGAGCGGAAAAUUGGUGCGAAAUAGGACAAUGUUGGCUACGAGACUCAUUUUCCUCGAUGAUUCUUUUGGAACCCCAAAUUUUGAGGUGAAAAUCAAAAAUUUGUUUCUGCCUCUCUUUGAAGCAUUUCUAAGGAAAAUUCCCAAAAAAAGCUGUAUUUACGGUAGCUUUUUCUUUGCUGUGCUUCAAAUUAAUUGCGCGAAAGAAUUGUGAAUAAAAGUUGACGUGAAAAUGAUCCGAAAUGAGCGGAAAAUUGGUGCGAAAUAGGACAAUGUUGGCUACGAGACUCAUUUUUCCUCGAUGAUUCUUUUGGAACCCCAAAUUUUGAGGUGAAAAUCAAAAAUUUGUUUCUGCCUCUCUUUGAAGCAUUUCUAAGGAAAAUUCCCAAAAAAAGCUGUAUUUACGGUAGCUUUUUCUUUGCUGUGCUUCAAAUUAAUUGCGCGAAAGAAUUGUGAAUAAAAGUUGACGUGAAAAUGAUCCGAAAUGAGCGGAAAAUUGGUGCGAAAUAGGACAAUGUUGGCUACGAGACUCAUUUUCCUCGAUGAUUCGUUUGGAACCCCAAAUUUUAAGGUGAAAAUUAAGUUUUUCCCCCAUUUUUGCCCGAACAAGUACAGUAAACACUGCAGACUUCAUUUCGAAACCUCCUUUUUCGAAUUUUUCGAAGCAUUUCUAAGGAAAAGUCCCAAAAAUAGCUGCGUUUACGGUAGCGUUUUCUUUGCUGCGCUUCAAAAUAAUCUCGUGGAAUAAUUGAGAAGAAAAUAUCCUGAAAAGGCUCAAAAAUGAGCGGAAAAUUGGUACGAAAUGAAGAAUUUUUGGCUACGAGGCUCAUUUUCCUCGAUGAUUCGUUUGGAACCUCAAGUUUUAAGGUGAAAAACAAGUUUUUUCCCAUUUUUGCCCGAACAAGUACAUUACACACUGCAGACUUCAUUUCGAAACCUCCUUUUUCGAAGUUUUUCGAAGCAUUUCUAAGGAAAAGUCCCAAAAAAAACUGUUUACGGUAGCUUUUUCUUUGCUGUGCUUCAUAAAAAUCUCUCAGAAUAUUUGUGAAUAAAAAUUGACGUGAAAAGGCUCCAAAAUAAGCUGCAUUUUCGGUAGCUUUUUUUUCGCUGUGCUUCAGAAUAAUCUCGCGGAAUAAUUAAAAAAGAAAUGUCCUGAAAAGGUUCCAAAAUGAGCGGAAAAUUGGUGCAAAAUGGAACACAUUUUUGGAUCUUUUCAGAGAUGAUGAAAAAAUUUGGGUUUCUGUUUUUAAACCCCUGAAAGGACCACCUAGAUUGAAUCUCUCUAGGGAGCACUAUUUUGUCCCUGACCCCUCAAAGAACCACUCUGCCGUUUCCAAGCUCUCAAGCCCAAGUCUUUUGGAUUUCGCCAAGUUUUUUUUUCUCAGGAAACUCGGAAAAAGUGCACCGUCGGCUGCUGUGUCCAAAUGCCACAAAUCGUGCCGGAUCUCGUCAAUUUGAUGUUUUCCAGCGAUUGUAACAUGUCUAGACGGUUUUCAGCUUCAAAAAUAAAAUCUCCAAAAAAAAUCAUUUUUCUUCAGUUAUCUAAUCUUGGAGUGUGUCCACACGGCGGCCAAAGAACUGGCCGAUUUUGGCGCGACUCCGACAAAAAUCGUAGAAGAUUUGAGCCUUUCUGAGGUUUUCAAAACUGUUUCUUAAGGUGAAAAAUGAUGUUCAAAAUAUUCCCGAAUGGCGGAAAAUUGUCGAUGAGCGGAUCAAAUCGAAAACGAAGCGAUUUGGGGCGAAUAAUCAGUCGGGAGCUGCGAAUUUGAAGGUCAAUCGGCUUGGAGAGGUCGGUUUUCUAUGUUGGAAGGGGCGGAAAAAUAGCAAAAUAGAAGUUAGAGUGGUCCCUGUAGGGAUUAAGAGGAAACACAGCCCCUAAACCUUGAGUGGUCCCUAUAGGGGUCUCUCAAAAAGCUUAUUUAUUCAGUUUUUCGCAUGGAAAUGCUUCUUCACUUCACAAAAAUUAUCGAUUAGCAUGCUCCCCUAUAGAGACCACUUUUGCAAGUCUUAGUGGCCCUUAUAGGGAUUGGUAAAGGGCCCCUAAGGUUGCCCUUAUAAGGACCACUCUGGAGAUCCUAAAAAGGUAAGUAAGAGUUGAAAAAUCAAUACUCGAAAAAAGAGCUACAAAAAAAAAUCAUCUGUAAAAUAGCCACUAGGAAAUUAGCUUCAAAAUGGCAAAAAUCAAUGGUGAGCCCAAAUUUAGCCGCAGAAAAAUAGCAGCGCUCAUUAUUCACAGCUGAAAAAGGACGUGGAAUAGCCUUGAUAAAAAAGCUCCGAAACUCAAAAAAUAUGAAUUUUUUUUAUCUGAAAAUAGCUUAAAAUUAGCCUUGACAAAAUUAAUGAAGCAAAUAGGCUCAAAACUUCAAAAAUAUGAAGCUCGGUUUGCAAAAUGAGCCUUGAAAAAAAGCUAAAAAUUCGAGUGAGCUCCAGAAAAAGAGCCAUGAGAAAAUAGCCGCGCUUUUCACGGGUAUAAUCAGUUUUCAAGUGGACUGAAUAGAAUAAAGGGCUUUUAAAAUAAAAAAAAUUUGAUAAUGGAAAAAAAGUUAAUAAAAGAGCCGCUGAAAUUAUAGCUUCAGGUGAAGAGUUUAAAAUUAGCUCCAAAAAAAUAAUCAUGAGUAAAAUUAGAAUUCAUGCGUUUUUUUCAAAGACAGAUCUGGAAAAUCCGCGAAAAAAAUAAGCCAUGAAAAAAAUAGCAGGGCUGAAAAAUUUAGCCAUCGAAUUAAGCUUCUAACCAUUCGCUACCUUAAGUGUAAGAUGAACAGAAAAUCCUCAUGUCAUUGCUGUUUCUUCAAAACUAUUUGUAAUUUUUUUCGUUUGAAAAUUUUCAAUCUCCUUUAAAUGGCGUUUAAAUAAGGUUCAGUCACUUUUUUUCAUAUUUUCGAAAAUUCAAAAAUUUUUUUAUUCAGUUUUUAAAUUAUUUAAUUGUAAAUGCGUAGAGUUUUUCGAUUCUGGUUAGGUUUUACGUUUCGAAAAACCAAAUAUUGGCUGCUCAAAAAAACAAAUUUUGUGUUUUUUUCAAUAAAUUUCAUGUCAAUCUUUUAAUUUGAACGGAAAUCGAUAUGUCGAAAUGCGAAAUAAAGUUAAUUGAGAUUUGAGAGCAUUUUUGGGGAAAAAUGGAAAAAAAUUGAAAAAAAUGAGUGGAUUGAUUGAACAUUAGGCAUUAUAUACCGUUAUGUAAUGUCUUUUUCAGAGCAAAUUGUAUUUUUCGUGGCUUUUUGGGGGCUAUUUUUUUGUCGUGCCCUUUUUUUCGAGCAGGGGGAGGAAGGGACUUUGCAUUAGAGGGGAAGGAGUUUGGCAUUUAGGGGGACCUUGGCUGUCGCUAGUGAAGCUCUUGAAAAUUUUUGGUUGAAAAAAAUGCCCAAAUACUUCCAAAUCUAGUAGUUAGUCGCUAUUUGGUCGCGAAACUCCGGUUUUUCAUGAUUUUUUUUUCCAGGUCUCAAAAUAUUUCUUCUAUCCUCUGUUGGUUCACUCAACCGGCGAGCAUCUUUCCCUGAGAGUGAGAUUUUUUUUUUCUUGAAAGAAAGUGAUGAAGUUAUCACUUUAGGGAAAAGAUUCGACCCUCUUCGCCCGUGUUAUUUUCGUGGCCGCUGACAUUUUCCAGAAUUCCGGCAUGGUCGCGAGUUCUCCGAGAAUGGCGAGGUGAGAUUAGAAAAAAAUAUAGAAGGUUUUUUCAGAAUUUCACUUUCUCCAUUUACCAGUUCUACGUGCGGGGGGAAGGGGGAAGUUUGAAAAUCAAUUGAAAAGUCGAUUUCUGGUCGCAUUUGGAAUGGUUCGAAGUGUCGUUUGAGCUAGGGCUUGAGAUUCGGGAUAAGUCCAUGCGCAAGUCGUUUUCCGGUCGGGCGCACUUUCCGAAAUGCAAUCUUUCUACCGUUUCUUCUGCGAAUCGCUCAAAAAUAACACGAAAAAAAUCUGAAGGGUUCAAAAUUGUGAAAGGAACUUCAAAAAUUCAAAAAAAAAAAUCAAAAAAUUUUUUCAAGAUUUUUUGAUUUUUUCAGCAAACUAAUCGAGUACACGGCGAGUUUACGGUAUCACGACGACGCCUGGGUCCGCGUUUCUGUACUUUACGCACAUUGGGCCAUCGUCGAAACUUUGAAUCGAGAGGUAUAAAUAUUCCAAAGAAAGGAAAAUUUAAAUUGAAACGAAAAAAUUGAAGAAAAAAAAGACAAAAAAAUUGUUCAAUUUUUUUGAACGGAUUUUUUUCGAAAUUUUUGAACAUUUUUUUACUGAUAGCGAGCAGAAUAAUAUGAAUUCAACCUCUGGGGAAUUAUUUUUAAUCCCGAUUUUGACUCGAAAUGCGAGAAAAAAAUACAUAAAAAAAUUCAAAAAAAUUGCCAAAAAAAGAUUUAAAAAAAUGUCCUUUUUUUAAAAAUUUUUUUCUCUUGAAUUUAUCAAGCUCUUAAUAAUUUUUUUAACUUUUUCUGACUGAUUUUUUUAGAGAUUUUUUUAGCUCUCCUGAAAAUUUUUGAGAUUCCUGAGUUUUUUUAAAAUAACUAUUCGAAUCCUCAAAAUUUUUGGACUUAAAUUACCUGAAAAUGCGGGAAAUUCCGCUUUUUCUGUUUCCAAAAAAACAUUGUAUUCUUAAAAUCAUUUUUUUAGAGAAACUUGAACUCCGUAGAAACCUCAAAGCUCAGAAAAAAAAUUAGGAAAUUCGUAGAGAAAGAAAUUUGAAAAAAAAAAAGCGAAUUUAGCAAACUUUGAAACACUGAUAAAGCUUGCCAUACUGUAAUUCCUGUCAUUGAAAAAUGGUUUUUAUUAAACUUCUGUUAAUUUUUGAACUGUUCUAACCGAAUUCCUUAAGUUGCUAGCCUUCCCAGGAAGCUUAGAAAUUUCAAACUUUAAAUUUUUGCUCCCAAAUGACCUUAAUAAAACCCUCAAACUGCCCAAAAGUGGGUCCCGAAACGAAGAGGUGAAGAAAAGAUGUUUUAAUAGGUAUAAGAAUGGAAUUUCUUCCCUUCCUGUAGUAGAAAUCAAUAAGGAGCAGCUGUACUUUUCGAAUUCUCAUCGUUUUAUCACUGAUAAACUUGAAAACUCUUGUUUUACCUGGUGGAAAUCGAUACGAAGCAGCUCCUUUCUCGAAUUUCGAAAUUAGUUGUUUUCUCUAAGUUUCUAAGGUUUUGGGAUAGUUAACAUCGUAGCAACCAGCGGAUCUUCGUCUCGGGACCUUUUUUUAUCAGAAAUUUUCCGUUUUCGCAUUUUAUUAAGAUUGGGAAGGCUUUUCAAUACUUGAUGUUUGUAUCAAUCGAUUCAGAAUGUGAAGAUCUAUAAGAGGGAUUGUGAAUCUUUGAAUUUGAAGAAUUUUUAAACACGAAAAUUUGAACAGAAGCGAUUUUGAAAGAUCUUUUCAAAUACCGUAGUAAGGGAGAUGUACAGGAGCAAUGUUGCUUUUUUUCUUUUUUUAUUACGAUUUUUCAUAUUUUUUUCGCAUUUUAUUAGGAUUGGGAAAAAGUUAUAGUACUUGAAUGUUGUAUCAAUGGAUUCAGAAGAAAAAGUUGUUCUAAGGAGUUGGAGGUUUUUUGAUUUGAAUGAGCCUUUAAAUUUUUAAAAAAAGCGUUUCUGAUAUUUGCUUGAAAUACCGUAGUCUUGCAGGUAUAUUAAAGAGGCGUUUCUUUUUUUCUUGCCGUAUUUUUCGAAAAUCUGUCUCUUUGAUACUUCCUAAAUUAUCAAAAAAAUAGGAUUUGAGUGAACUUUGACUUUUUUUAAAUAAUAUAUAUUCAUUUUUCCGCAAAGCUAAAGCUCUCCGGUUGCAUAGGAAAGGCUUGAAGCAUUAAUAUAGCCCAUUCCGCCCCAGAGUGUUACGAUUUUUGAUCUUCUCCGAGCUACGGAACCAUUCCGGGAAGCUCCCCUUUGAUGCGCGCCGUCUGUCUCUAUGCUUAGGCCAAAAUUUCCAUUAUUUUAAAGGCGCAUGCACAGAGACAAGCGCUGCGCAUCGAAGGGAAGAGUCCUGUUGCUCGAAAACCGUGACGAGCUGGCGCGGACUCACCGCGUAUUUUUACGACGCCACGCUCACAAUUUCCGUAACUUUCGAUGUAUUUGGUGCACACACAGCGACGCUAACUCGCAUACUCAUUAAAUUUGAAAAAAUUGUUUUCUUUGAAAAAUGGCGUUUUUUCAACACCUGGAAAAAAUUUAUUCUUUUACAGGCCCAUUUUCUAGUUUUUUUAUUUAAAUUUUGGUUCGCAAAUAUCUUAUUUUGGUUUCAUGUUUUUUUCCUACUAAUCGAAAAUUUAAAAAAAAAGCAUAUUUUCUUUUCUCUAGUGAAUAUAAUAUUAUACUUGUUUUUCCACAUCAACAUAGGUCUUCAAAAAUUUUCGAUUUCCAGGUUUUCCUGGCGAUUUUUGGCGAUCGCAUCAACGACUGGGCGAUUUGGGCGAUCAGCGUCGUGGAAAAUGUGGACAGUGAAGAGGGCGAACGGAAAAUAGCGGCGCCAUUUGCCGCGGCUCUUUUGGCCAAGUCCAAAGAACAAGGAGAAUAA